AUGGAAAUUCAAAAAAUUGACAGCAGCUAUUAUCCUGAGACACUUCAUCAGCUUUUUAUUAUUAAUGCUGGAUCUGCAUUCAGAGUCCUUUGGAAAGCAAUUAGGGCUUUUCUUGAUCCACGUACAUUGGCAAAAAUACAAGUGCUGGGAACUGACUACACAACUAGCCUAAUCGAAGUUAUUGAUCCAAGUAACCUUCCAACUUUCUUGGGUGGCAACUGCUCUUGUGCUGAAUAUGGCGGUUGUCUGUUUAGUGAAAAAGGACCUUGGAAUGAUCCUCAAAUAAAACAAAUGCUUCAGGGAAUGUUACAAACAGAAGAGGAUAAUGAAGGUGAAUUGAUGAAUUCUCAGUCCUCACAAGAUUCUAGUGAUGGUGAUCCUGAAAAUGUUCGAAUUAAAAUUGUAUACGAUGUAAUUUCACUUACAGACGAGACAAAAUAUAAUGAUCAGCCUUUGUUACAUAAACUCCAAGAAUUCGAACCUGUGCUUGAAGAUACGAAAGCAAAAAUCAGGUCCCUGGAAGUUGCAUUGGCAGAUACCAAGUCGGUCUUACAAGGACUUUCUCAACAUAUAGAAGAGCUGAAACGUUGAGUUCAAUGAUCAAAUACGAAUUGCCUAAUCAACAAACAGAUUUAUCGUUUCUUCGAAUCAUAAUGGUUAUGAUGUUUAUUACAGAAUAGCUAACUUUAAUUCUAAGACUAAGUUUGAAAUAUAUUCUCUUAUACAUUGAAAGUACAUAAAUUUGUUGGCAAUAGCAUAGAUCCUCUUAUAAGCUUUCUCUCAUCCUUUGUUAUUAAGCUAUACAGAAAGAGUAUUAAACCAAAGAAAGAGACAAUCUGUUUCGACUA